AUGAAUCCUAAAAUCCAUCACAAUCUAGAGCAAACUGUUAUCCUCGAACAUUUACGGGCAGCCUGCCAUUCGCCGGCUCGCCUUCAGUCAGAGGGAUACUUCUUGGGGGUCUCAUCCGCUGAAAAGAUUGAAAGAUCAGCGAAGAACUCUAUUCCAUAUGAGGACUUUCUUCCCGUUCCUCACUCAAAACCCUCAACCGAGAAAAGACUUGCGAUCGUCAUUGACUGUGAGAUGGUGGAAGCCGCAGAUGAGCGCCGAAUGCUGGCCUAUCUCAGCGCUAUUGACUUCUUCACCGGCGAAGUCCUGGUGAACAAUUACGUGAAACCGACAGAGAGAAUCCAUAAUUGGAAAACACAAUUCAGCGGUGUGACACCAGCUCUCAUGAGUUGCGCCUGUGCUGCGGGACAGGCAAUUAGAGGCUGGCAAUCAGCGCGUCAAAGACUGUGGGAUUUUAUGAAUGAAGACACGAUUCUUGUUGGACACUCUCUCAAUAGUGACUUUGAUGUCCUUGGAAUGUUUCAUUUGAAUGUUGUGGACUCUGCAAUUAUGACUUCGGAGGCCGUUCUACUUCCUCAUUCUCCGACUGAGAGACUCCGACACAUGUGGGGCCUGAAGACUCUAGCUAAAGAUUUUCUGAAACGUGAUAUUCAAAAUGGCAAAUCUGGACAUAGCGCUUUGGAAGACGCAUUUGCAACUCGAGAUGUUGUCUUGUGGUGCUUGAGCAACUCACAACAGCUGCAAGUAUGGGCGAAGCAGACUAGGAUUCGAACCCAGAAGCGUGGAUCAGCCAAACGGGGAGUUAGCUCAAUGAAUAGCAAAGGGAAACAAAAAUUGCGUGGAGGUAGCUCGCCUCGAACUGACUUUGAUGAUGAAUACUAUCAAGACUUGGAAAGUCUAAACUGGUCUGACAUUGCAGAGGACUCCGGAUGGCCCCAUCCAGAUACUGGAUACGACCCUUGGUCGGAUUGA